AUGUUACCGAAAGGAGUCAUUCUACUUUGGGCUGGCGAUUCAUAUGAUAUUCCUGAUGGAUGGAUUGUUUGCGAUGGUACGCAAGGAACUCCGGAUUUACGUGAUAAAUUUGUUAUUGGCUCAGGUAGCAACGCUAACCAUGGCUACGGCACCACUGGUGGCCAUGCGAAAGUUACACCAACAAUUACUGUACAAGAGCACGUCUUAACAACAUCCGAAAUGCCUAGUCACAAUCACGGUGGUGUUACUAGCAUUGAAGAUAAUACAGCGAUAUACUACGAUAUACAAGGAAGCUAUAAAGAUACCAGAGCACUUACUGCAGAUGGUCGAUUCUUCAGUACAAAGCAUCUUAAUGGAGGAGACGGUCUUCAACAUACACAUAAGAUUUCAAAUGAAGGCGAUAAUCAAGGUCACUCACAUAUGGCAAAAUCAUCAGAAAUUGACUUACAUCCACCGUUUCAUGCUCUAUUCUAUAUUAUGAAGUUGUAG